UCUGUAAAAGUAAAACGUUGAAUUUUAAAAUAAUGUUCGUAGACAGAAAGCAUAUUUCCGUGCAACGAAACAAGCCGUGGGCAAGAAAACAAACAAGUUAGACAAACAUUGAUUUCAUAUAAGUUAUAACACUCAAAUAUUAAAUGCAUUAAUAAGAAAUAAACUAAUAAAGUGAAAAACAAAACUUAAAAAUUAAGAAAAUUUAAAAGGUGAAAGAAGAGGUCAAAAGAGCAGAGUAGGUCCACUAAAAGCAGCAGAUCUUAGCAACCCACAUGUCCCCCAUAUAUUCUAUUUCCCCACUGUACACUGUCUUCUUCAUUCACCACCUCUCUAGGAAAGCUCACUCUCAAUCUCUGCUUUGCCAUCUCAUUUUCAACAUCUUUUUCUUUUAAACUUUUCAUUACAAAAAAAUGUAUUUCAAAGUUAAUCUCUCUAUUCUUCAUUAGAUCCCUUGAGGUAACAGUGAAAGUGAAGAGUAAAAGACAUGAAAACAAAACAUUUCUUGUGGGGUUUACUUGUCUCUCAAAGACUAGAUUCUUUUCUUGACUUACAUAAUGGAUCUUCAUGUUUACUCUUCCUUGUUUUUAAAAGUAAUCGGAAUUUUUUUUCUUUCUAGUUUUUAUACUUUUAAGCUUUGUUUAGAUCAGAUUUGGAGAAAACUAACACAAAAAGUUAAACACAUUUGUUUAGGAAUAUUUUAUUUACAGGGAAAUGUAUGUCAACAUUUUUGGUGUUGGUAGCUGCUUGUUUGGUGAGAAAACUUCAACAAGAGUCCCUAAAUAACAUUUUAAUUUUUAAAUAUGUAAAAAAUACUAUAUCUCCUUUUUUAAUUUCAAGAGUAUAGAUCUCAACUUAGCCAUUGUAGGUAAACUGUUAAAAUCUCUCUGAUUGAUUCUUCAUAUUUUAUGUUGUUUUUUAGCAGAAGGCUGUCUUAAGAUAACAGAACAAAUCAGCUUCCCCUGAAACUGCUUCUUAUUACAAAGUACCACGAUCUCAAAAGAACAGAAAGUUCAAGAUUCAGACAAAAUGCAGAAACCGGGACAAAACAUAGAUUUUGCACUGAAGGAGACAUCACCAAAGAUUGGUGCAGGGGCUGUGACAGGUGACAAACUCUCAUGCACUUAUGACUUGGUCGAGCAGAUGCACUACCUCUACGUUCAGGUCGUGAAGGCCAAAGAACUCCCAGGGAAAGACGUUACCGGUAGCUGCGAUCCUUACGUGGAAGUGAAGCUAGGGAACUACAAAGGCAUGACCAAACAUUUCGAGAAAAAGUCAAACCCCGAGUGGAAGCAAGUGUUCGCUUUCUCAAAAGAGAGGAUCCAAGCAUCAAUCUUAGAGGUCGUAGUGAAAGACAAAGACGUCAUGAUGGACGACUUGAUCGGUCGGAUCAUGUUCGAUCUCAACGAGAUUCCAAAGCGAGUUCCGCCUGAUAGUUCGUUAGCUCCUCAGUGGUAUCGGCUUGAGGAUCGACACGGACGCAAGGUUAAAGGAGAGCUCAUGUUAGCCGUUUGGAUGGGGACACAAGCUGAUGAAGCGUUUUGUGACGCUUGGCACUCUGAUGCAGCCACGGUUGGACCUGAAGGUGUUGCUAACAUCCGUUCAAAGGUUUAUCUCUCGCCAAAGCUAUGGUACGUGAGAGUCAACGUCAUCGAGGCUCAAGAUUUAAUACCUUACGAUAAAACAAAGUUCCCUGAGGUCUACGUGAAGGCAAUGAUAGGGAACCAGACGCUAAGAACUCGAAUCUCUCAGAACAAAACAUUGAAUCCAAUGUGGAAUGAAGAUUUAAUGUUCGUUGUCUCUGAGCCUUUCGAAGAGCCGUUGAUUCUCGCUGUUGAAGAUAGGGUAGCACCGAACAAAGAUGAGACACUAGGCAAGUGUGCAGUCCCGUUGCAGCAUGUACAGAGGAGGUUAGACCACAGGCCGCUGAACUCCAGGUGGUUCAAUCUAGAGAAACAUAUAAUGGUGGACGGAGAGAAGAAGGAGAUCAAAUUCGCGAGCAGGAUUCAUCUUAGAAUCUUUCUCGAAGGGGGAUACCAUGUUCUCGACGAAUCAACUCACUACAGCAGCGACCUGAGACCAACGGCGAAACAGCUCUGGAAACCGAGUAUCGGUUUGCUAGAAGUCGGGAUCAUCAGCGCGCACGGACUGAUGCCUAUGAAGAGCAAAGAAGGUAAAGGUACAACGGACGCGUAUUGUGUAGCCAAGUACGGUCAGAAAUGGAUCAGAACGAGAACUAUCGUUGACAGCUUCGCUCCCAAGUGGAACGAGCAGUACACAUGGGAAGUGUUUGACACCUGCACGGUCAUAACGUUUGGAGCGUUCGACAACGGACACAUACCGGGAGGAAGCGGGAAGGACAUGAGGAUAGGGAAAGUGAGGAUCCGUCUCUCCACGCUCGAAGCCGACCGUAUCUACACGCAUUCGUAUCCUCUUCUCGUCUUUCACCCUUCGGGGAUCAAGAAAACUGGCGAGAUACAGUUAGCGGUGAGGUUCACUUGCUUAUCCGUCAUCAACAUGCUCCACAUGUACUCUCAGCCGCUCCUCCCUAAAAUGCAUUACAUUCAUCCGCUAUCGGUUCUCCAGCUGGAUAGUUUGAGACACCAGGCGAUGAAUAUUGUCUCCGCGAGGCUGAACCGAGCGGAGCCGCCGCUUAGGAAAGAGGUUGUUGAGUACAUGCUGGAUGUUGACUCGCAUAUGUGGAGCAUGAGGAGGAGUAAGGCCAACUUCUUCAGGAUCAUGAAUGUUCUGAGCGGUCUUGUAGCUGUUGGGAAGUGGUUUGAGCAGAUAUGCCACUGGAGAAACCCAAUCACCACGAUUCUGAUUCAUGUUCUAUUCAUAAUCUUGGUUCUUUACCCGGAACUCAUCUUACCGACGGUGUUCUUGUACCUUUUCUUGAUCGGGGUAUGGAACUUCCGGUGGAGACCGAGGCACCCGCCGCACAUGGACACGCGCUUGUCACACGCUGACGCUGUCCACCCUGACGAGCUUGACGAAGAGUUCGACACUUUCCCUACUUCCCGUUCCCCUGAGAUAGUGCGGAUGAGAUACGACCGGCUCAGGAGCAUAGGAGGACGAGUUCAGACAGUGGUGGGCGAUCUAGCUACGCAGGGAGAAAGGUUUUCAUCCCUGCUGAGCUGGAGAGACCCGAGGGCAACCACACUGUUUGUGUUCUUCUCUCUCAUUGCUGCUGUUGUGUUGUAUGUUACACCGUUUCAGGUUGUGGCGCUGCUCGCUGGGAUCUAUGUUCUGAGGCAUCCAAGGUUCAGGUACAGGCUCCCUUCUGUGCCUCUCAAUCUCUUCAGGAGGCUACCUGCAAGAUCUGACAGUCUCUUAUAGACACAUCCCUAUUAUCUACUACAUCUGCACUUUGUUUAAAACUUUCAAAAACUUGUUUGAUUCAGUCUUUAAAUAAUUAUUAAUUGCAACA